GCUGACCCGCUCACCCUGGCCGAGUUGAUUGGUUGCAGUUUCCGAGACCGCGCGUGGUUUCAUAGAGUUGUUUUGGGCUGAGUUCGCCAAGAAGAUAGACGAUGGCUAUGCAGGGUCUUCUGCGCGAGCUGCUGGGCCCUCUGCACCCACAUAAGAGCGACGACGAGGAGGAGGACUGUGCGCAGGAGGAGGAAGAGGAGGAUCAGGACUCGGAGUUUGUGGAUGCCGAGGAGCUCUGCAGCGGGGGCAUCAAGGCGGGCAGCCUCCCUGGGCGCAUGCGAGUGUCUAUUCCCGAUGAAAAUACCAAAGAGAAAUGUACCGUGUAUGGACGCUUCCCACUCAAAGGUCCGUGGUGGCGCGUGAGGGUCCAGGUGGUGAGACCUGCGCGAUCCAGGAGCUAUCAAGUUCAAGGCUUCCCGUCCUACUUUCUACAAGCCGAUAUGUCGCCACCAGGUCAAAAACAGAUCUGUUCGCUUUUUCUGAAAGAAUGUGGCUUAGCCACUGAGCGCAUACAGGAAUUUUUAAAAUGGGUCGAUGGCGUGUCUGGCUUUGAAAACCUAAACUUCGGAAAUCUUCAGGAAACGUUAAGAAGUUUCUACAGAGAAUUCGAAAAGAAAGAGAAAAGGCCGUCUACACAGAAUGGGCAGAAUGCCGAGCUGAAACUAGAAAAGUCAUUCCCGUUUAUAAGCGCAAUGACAGCUUUGCAGUUCCCCAAAGUCAUGGAAUUCCUUCCAAGGCUUCUUCCUCGACACUUCAAAAGGCUGCUCAGCUCGUGUUCUGAAUGGGUGCUGGGACGCAUAGAAGAGAUUCUGGAGACACAGCCGUGGAAGCUUGGCUUCAGGAAGAUAACCUACGCAGAGCUAAACCUGCUUCGCUGUGAGGCCAGUUGGAAGGCAUUCAGUCAGUGCCCCUCGCUGCUCACGCUGAUGACUGCCCUGCAGAAGAAUGCAUUGGCCAUCUAUUCUAAGCUGAGGGAGACAUGCAGAGAAGACGGGCACACGUAUGUUGAAGUCAAAGACUUGACCUUGGGCUUGUCAGAGCAUAUGUCCUUCCAAGAAGCAUGUGAGUCUCUGGCGUUUCUGAGGGACAUUGAAGUGGUCACCUAUGAGAAGGACUGUGUCUUUCUUCACGAACUGUACGAGGCCGAGCAAGACAUCGCUUCCUCCAUUUGCGAGCUGAUGAACAGACCCCCGUGGCAUUUAAAAGUGGACGUGAAGAACGUCCUGGCGUCAAUUAGUGGCGCAAAGCACAACGGUCCAGGAAGUGCUAGGGCAGUGGAAGGGAGUAAGGCAGACGAGGCGGGGCCAGAGCAGGGUGACAAUGUUUUAGACGCACAAAACGGCGGUGACCAUGCUAGAAGCAAUGGCGAACACCUCGAGAAUGCAGAAACAAACGACGUCCCCCUGGACCGAGAUCAGGUGGUCGCCCUGGAAACGAUCUGCAACAACGCGGUGACUGUCCUCAGUGGGAAAGGCGGCUGCGGGAAGACCACGAUUGUUAGCCAUCUUUUUAAGCACGUGGAGCAGCUGGAAGAAAGGGAAGUGCAGCUAGCCUGUGAAGAUUUUGAACAAGACCAGGAGGCCUCAGAAGAAUGGCUCACCUUUCCUAAGCAGAAUCCAGCCGGGGUGGACAAGGCGAUAGAAGUUUUGCUCACCGCACCUACCGGGAAGGCAGCAGGCUUACUGAGGCAGAAGACCCAUCUUCCAGCUUACACGCUGUGUCAGGUUAAUUAUAGCUUCUAUAUGUGGAAGAAAAAUGAGGUAGAAAAACCGUGGAAAUUCUCUACAGUUCGAGUUCUGGUUGUGGAUGAAGGGAGUUUGGUGUCUGUAGGGAUCUUCAAGUCAGUUUUAAAGUUACUGUGCGAACACUCCAAACUGUCUAAGCUUGUCAUUCUUGGUGAUAUUAGACAGUUGCCCAGUAUUGAACCGGGUAACAUGCUGCAGGAUGUUUUUGAGACUCUUAAGUCGAGACAGUGUGCCAUCGAACUAAAGACGAACCACAGGACAGAGUCUCAGCUGAUUGUGGACAAUGCUGGAAGAAUCUCCAGACGUCAGUUUCCAGAAUUUGAUGCAGAGCUAAACAUCUCUGAUAACCCUACGUUACCCCUCUCCAUUCAAGAUAAGACAUUUAUUUUUGUGAGGCUCCCUGAAGAGGACGGUAAUUCUCAGUCGUCUAAAGGUGACCACCGAUCUAAUUUAUAUUCUGCAGUUAAAACUUUGCUUCAAGGAAAGGACUUCUGCAGUUUGGAAAGUGCAAAAACAUCGCAAUUUAUUGCAUUUCGAAGGCAAGACUGUGACCUCAUUAAUGACUGCUGCUGCAAACACUACACAAACCACCUCAUCAAAGACCACAAGAAGAAACCCAUCUUUGCCGUCGGUGAUAAGAUCUGCUGUACCCGGAACGCGUACCUUGCAGAUUUACUCCCUGACAAUGACCAGGAAACCACAGGGAAAGGCUUUGGCGAUGCCCCUGAUGAUGAUGCUAAAAUCAAACAGGAUUUUGAAAGUAGCAUUCGGCUGUGCAACGGGGAAAUAUUCUUCAUAACACAGGAUGUAACCGACGUUACUUCCGGAAGAAAAAGGCUUGUGACCAUCAAUAAUGAGGCUGGUUUGGAAGUGACUGUGGACUUCAGCAAACUAAUGGCCAACUGCCAGAUAAAGCACGCCUGGGCGAGGACCAUUCAUACUUUCCAGGGGUCUGAGGAGAACACAGUUGUCUACGUGGUGGGGAAGGCAGGCCGCCAGCACUGGCAGCAUGUUUACACUGCGGUGACCCGGGGCCGCUGCAGGGUGUACAUCAUCGCGGAAGAGUCUGAACUCAGGAGCGCCAUCCGGAAGCGCAGCUUUCCCAGGCAGACCCGUUUGAAACACUUCUUGAAGAAGCAACUCUCCAGCAGCGGCGGCGCACCUUCAACAGGUCUCCCAUCCCAGCCUUCAAGCCCCAGCGUUGGAAGAAGACCUAGCACGCAGCCUCCAGCUUCACCCCUCUGCAGAACCCCAGACAACAAAGUCACCGCAGACAGCACCAGGGACGAGGCGUCUUCAGCCACAAAGGAGAGGUUCGCCUUUGACGAAGGCUGGAUGUCAACCUCUUUUAGCGACGACAUGGAUACAGAUGAUGAGUCGGGGCAGCUCAGAGGGUCCAAAAGAACCGGUGUUGGCUUCCCAUGUGAUGAAGAGAGCCCCAGCAAAUUCCGUAUGGUUGAAAAACCAUCUCCACAGGUAUCUUCUAUAUUUCAGAAUCUGAGGUUGAAUAACCUAACUCCCAGACAACUUUUUAAACCCACUGACAAUCAAGAAACAGGUAAGUCAGGUGUGGCGGAUCCCAGCAGUGAUCCCAGCAUUCAGGAGACUGAGUCGUGAGGAUCCCAAGCUCAUGGCCAGCCUGGGCAACAUCACAAGACCCGGUUCAGACCACCACCACCACCACCAGAAACCUCACAACAGAAAAAAAGUUUACUUCAUAUUGCUCAAGAAAUUAUUAUUGCUUUUCCUUUCAAGACAAAAUGAAUUAUUCAGCUUCUAAGUUUCAAACUUUGAGAAGACGGCUGUCACUGAGCAUUAUAAUUUUGGGCAUUUGUAUUUUGGGCACAUGGCCCUUACUUUUAAAUCUGAGUUUUAAAAAUCAGGUAUUUUUAAAUUCACCCAGUCCAAGCAAACUGUGAUGAUUUCAGCCUUUGUCCUCAUGAGAUCAGUUGGCAAGUGCACGGUUAGGGGGAAAGAUUUUUUUUUCCCAUUUUAGGGGCUACUGGACAUUUUGUUAUGAUACCAUGUGGUCAUUGCAGAUCCUCUUUGCCAGGACACUGAAACCAGCAAAGGUGGACUGAUUGUACCUGUUGAUAGUAACACAUUCAAAGAUGCUGUGGCCACCACGCCAUCUCCGUGCCUGGGACUCUAUGUACUUGGUGCUCAGAUAUGCCUUUCUGAGUUGGGAGUAAGUUUUGCACGUAUCCCAUUGAAGGGAGACUCUCCUAAAGCAGAUUGGUUUUUAAAUAUUUAUUGCCAUGUGGUACUGUGGCUUGAACGUGUCUCCCCAUACCUGUGUGGGUUUUAUUGAGGAAGUGGAUGCCUGGUAAAUGUAGCUUUGUGCCAUCUUGACUUCUCUUGGCUGUUUCGUUGCUGGUGGGGGCGUGCUCACUAGGUGUGGACACCUGGCCCUAGGUGCACCUUUUCUUUCUGUUCCUCUUAGUACAGUUCUCAGAUAGUAGGUUGCUUAUAAAUCACCCCUCUCCAACAGCUCAGGUCAAGGAAGCUUCUAGCGGGUGUAUGCACAGGACUGUUUUUAUAUACUGUUGUUUACCUCUUGGACUGCCAGAACAGUACAGAGACACGUCUUCCCCCUUCUUUUUGUGCUGGGACUGAAGCCAAGGACUCAUACCUUCUAAGAAAGCACUUUACUGCUUAAUUUCAUUCCUGGUCCUAAGCAUAACUUUUAUAUGUAUCAGGAAGUAAACAAACAAACCAAUCGUGUGGCUAAGCUGAUUGUAACACUUUUUUUAUUGCUGUGCCUGAGACUGAUCUGUAGCAUUUCUGAGCCAUGCCUUUGUGAGAAAUAAAUUCACUGUUCUUUUACUAAA